UUGUCAAAAAAGAUCUCCACUAUAGUCAUUUCACAGAUCGUAAAAAAAAAAGUACAGUACAUUUCAAGCUUCUCAUUUCUCCAUAGGUGUGAAAUCUGUGGUUUCACUUGCCGUCAGAAGGCCUCCCUUAACUGGCACAUGAAGAAGCACGACGCCGAUGCCACGUACCAGUUCUCCUGCAGCAUCUGCGGCAAGAAGUUCGAAAAGAAGGACAGUGUAGUGGCUCACAAAGCUAAGAGCCACCCCGAGGUGCUCAUUGCUGAGGCCCUGGCUGCCAAUGCCGGAACACUCAUCACCACUCCUGCUGGAGUCACCACGCUGCUGGAGACCUCCACGGGCUUCAUGCAGGCAGAGCAGGUGGUCCCUGAUGCUCAGGGGAGCUCUGCGAUACCUGCAGAUCAGGUAGCCCCAGUGACACACGUGGGUCCAGUGAUGGUUGUGGAUCAGGAUCACCCGCUACACACCAUGCAGGUACCGGUGACCCUGGCCAGGUCGUCGACAGAAGAGGAAAACAGCGCUCCCUCACAGCAGACGUCCGCUCACUCUCUGCAGAUGCCACUACAGUUCGUUUCGACUCCCGUCUCGCAGCAACACCAUAUCCAGCAGCUACCCAUUCAGCCCUCCACUACCAGCGUCACCCAGCAGGCCGCUUUGGUCCAGCAGCUGCCCAUUCAGUCCUACAGCCCUCAAUCCCAGAUUGUCCACAUGGCCUUCAGAGCUCUUCCUCAGCAGCAGCUCCCACUGGUUUCUGUUGCACAGCAGCUGCCUCUUCAAACCACCCAGUCACAUCAAAACCAGACCCUCCCUAGACCCCCAAGCCACAUCCCGGCUCCCAAUACUUCCCUACUCUCCCAAACCCUGCCUGCUGACUCCCGGAGCGUUUUGGGAUUCGGGAGCGAUCCUGCAUCCUUAUCUGCAUCUCCCCAGUCUUCCACUACUCCUUUAGAGACGAGACAGGUGGUCUGGGAGGGAGACGGGACUAAUGAGAAUGGAAAUGGGGGUGGGGUUUGGGAGGUGGGUGGAGAGCGGGAGGAGCAAAACAUGACGGACAGUUCAGACGGCCAAAUACAGCGUGUUCUAAUGUAGUGAAG